CUCGCUCCGUCCCCGCCCCGGCGUCGCUGAGGGCCCGCGGGACACGGCGACAGCAGCGGGAGAAUUAGGGAUCGUCCUGCCACCACCACCAUCAUGCAGCGCCGGGUGUUCGUGGUGGGCGUCGGCAUGACCAAGUUUUCAAAGCCUAGUGAGAGGAGUGCUGAUUAUCCUGACAUGGCUAAGGAAGCAGGCCAGGCAGCUUUAGCUGAUGCUGGGAUUCCUUAUUCAGCAGUGAAGCAGGCCUGUGUGGGUUAUGUUUAUGGUGACUCAACCUCUGGGCAGAGGGCAAUCUACCAUGGCCUGGGUCUGACUGGCAUUCCCAUCAUCAAUGUUAACAACAACUGUGCCACUGGAUCCACUGCUUUGUUCAUGGCCAGACAGCUUGUAGAAGGAGGUUUGGCAGACUGUGUUCUGGCACUCGGCUUUGAGAGGAUGGCAAAAGGAUCUCUUUCUUCAAAUUUUGCAGACAGAACUAAUCCUAUGGACAAACACAUGGAAAUUAUGAUAAAUAAAUAUGGCCUAGCAAGUGCUCCAGUGGCACCUCAGAUGUUUGCAAGCGCUGGCAAAGAACAUAUAGAGAAAUAUGGGACAAAUCCAGAAUACUUUGCAAAGAUUGCAUGGAAGAACCACAGCCAUUCAACCAACAACCCGUAUUCCCAGUUCCAAAAGGAGUACACAUUGGAUGAAGUUCUGCACUCUCGCCAAGUUUUUGAUUACUUGACUGUCUUACAGUGCUGUCCAACAUCAAAUGGUGCUGCAGCUGCAAUUUUGGCUAAUGAGGAGUUUGUGAAAAGGCAUAAAUUGCAGCCAAAAGCUGUGGAAAUUCUAGCACAGGUGAUGGCUACUGAUUAUCCAAGCACAUUUGAAGGGAACAGUUGUAUGAAGAUGGUUGGCUAUGACAUGACUAAAAAUGCUGCACAAAAAUGUUUUGAAAAAGCAGGGCUGAAACCUACAGAUGUUGAUGUGAUUGAACUUCAUGACUGCUUCUCAGUUAAUGAAUUCAUCACCUAUGAAGCUCUGGGACUGUGUCCAGAAGGAAAAGCAUGUGACCUAAUCGACAGGGGAGACAAUACUUAUGGAGGAAAAUGGGUUAUUAAUCCCAGUGGUGGCUUGAUUUCCAAGGGACACCCUCUUGGUGCCACAGCAACGGCCGUAUUGCAGCUGUGCCUGUCAGUGCAGCUGUUGAUGGAUUUAAAGCACACCUGGUCUUCAAAGAGAUUGAAAAGAAGCUCCAAGAGGAAGGAGAGCAAUUUGUUAAGAAAAUUGGUGGAGUCUUUGCCUUCAAAGUAAAAGAUGGUCCUGGUGGGAAAGAAGCAACUUGGAUAGUAGAUGUGAAAAAUGGUAAAGGCUCUGUGGCAGUUAAUUCAGAUAAGAAGGCAGAUUGUACAAUCACCAUGGCUGACACUGAUCUGCUGGCACUCAUGACUGGCAAAAUGAACCCUCAGACAGCAUUCUUUCAAGGCAAAUUGAAGAUUUCUGGGAACAUGGGCAUGGCAAUGAAACUUCAGAAUCUACAGCUUCAGCCAGGCAAAGCUAAACUUUGAGCUCAGUAGAGUAAAUAGUCAGUACUUGAUAUUCUUGACAAAAAAGUAGAAUUAAACUAGACAUUAUCAAUAAUAUGGCACAGGCUGGGUUUGAUUGGACCUCUCUCACCUAAAUUCUGUGGUUAGAGACCUUAAAUCUCUUAACAAUUUCCAUCAGUUUCUCUGUGGCUGAGCUUGAGGCACUAACACUUACAAAUGGUACAUGGUGGGGCUUUGUGACAGCUUUUGUUCUAAUCAAUAUGGACAAUUUGUAAAAAUUAGAGCUGAAUUAGCCUGCUUACUGUUGUUGAGAUUAGUUGGGAAGGAAGAGAGGAAAGUUAUAAAUAGUUUGGCAUAUCAAUGACAUGAGUUGCAUUUUAUAAAAGUUGUAAUAGCAGAUCAUACAAAUGCUUUCUGACUUCCAUUCUCUCCAAUUUGCUGCUGCUUACAUUAAAAUGAUCUUGUAAAGGGGAUCUCUAACAUUUUUUUAGAAUAGGAAUUUGCUAUAAAAUACUUUUCUUAUUACUACUUUGGAAUUAAAAAAGAAACAAAAUAUCCAGAAGUAAGCAGGAACUAGAAUGCUGCUUUGAGGUUCACAGGAUUUGAUAACACUUCACCUUGAAAACAGAUUAGAUUUGCCAGGAGAGCAGAGAGGGAAGAUAACCAAUAUGUUACCUGUUUUCUCCUGGUAAAAACUGGUGUUGAUCAUGAUGAAAUUCUUGUCAGUUAUGUAAAAGCUUUAAGUUCUGUUUUGGGAAAAUGUAUUCUGGUUGGAAGUUUAAUAGAAAAUUAAAUAUACUUUUCCUGUUCUUC